AUGAGUGAGCAGGAGGCAGCGCAGGGAAGGAGCGGGGACGGCGGAGCAGCCGUGCCUCAGCUCGCGGCGCCAGGCAAGUUUGAUUUCACUAAAGUCACCGAGUGGCCAAGAUGGCUGAAGCGGUUCGAGCGCUACAGGAUUGCUUCGGGGCUGGACAAGCAGUCUCAAGAGUUCCAGGACUGGGAAAACUCAAAGAGCCCUACAGGAUUGAGCUCGACCCAGGAGCAGUCCCAUACGCCCUCUCAACCCCACGCAGAGUGCCCCUUCCACUGCGGGAUAAGGUGA